CGCAGCGGGUGCGUCACGUGGGACAGCUCCGACCAAUCAGCACAAAGUUUCCAUACACAGAUUUGUAAGAUGGCGACUGCCGAACCGGUGAGCACUUUCUCUGAAGAACAUAUCAAAACAAUUGAAAGCACCCCAAGUCCAACCCAGACUGAUGAAGAUGGAGCUGAGGAGUCUGGACAGGAGAUCGUAAGCCCCGAGGCAUACAUCAAGCACCCCCUGCAGAACAAAUGGUCCCUGUGGUUCUUCAAAAAUGAUAAGAGCAAAACAUGGCAGGCCAACCUGCGACUCAUCUCUAAAUUUGACACAGUUGAAGAUUUCUGGGCUCUCUACAACCACAUCCAGCUGUCAAGCAACCUCAUGUCAGGCUGUGAUUACUCCCUAUUUAAGGAUGGCAUUGAACCCAUGUGGGAGGACGAGAGAAACAAGCGUGGCGGCCGCUGGCUGCUCACACUCAACAAGCAGCAGAGGAGAUCAGACCUGGACCGAUUCUGGCUGGAAACUCUUCUGUGCCUAGUUGGAGAGGCAUUUGAUGACCACAGUGAUCAGGUUUGCGGAGCUGUGGUCAACAUCCGCACAAAAGGAGAUAAAAUAGCAGUCUGGACAUCAGACUUUGACAACCGGGAAUCCGUGACACACAUAGGGCGAGUUUACAAAGAGCGCUUGGGGCUCCCUCAGAAGAUGACUAUUGGCUACCAAUCUCACACAGACACGGCUACCAAGAGCGGUUCAACCACCAAGAACAAAUUUGUUGUUUGAGAAAUACUCAAGUGCCUUUUUCA